CCGGCCGCCCCCCGCGCGCCCCAGACCCGUGAGCGCCAGCAGCCCCGGCGCGGGUGGUGCCGGCGGCGGCGGCGGCGGCGGCGGGAGCGCAGGGGCAGAAGGAGGCGGGGAAGAUGGACCCGGCGCCCGCGCUGGGCUGCAGCCUCAAGGAUGUGAAGUGGAGCCCCGUGGCCGUGCCCCUCGACCUGCUGGUCAGCACUUACCGGCUGCCCCAGAUCGCGCGGCUGGACAGCGGAGAAUGCAUAGAGGGGCUUCGAGAGAAUGACUACCUUCUGAUUCACUCCUGCCGGCAGUGGACCACGAUUACUGCCCACAGCUUGGAGGAGGGACACUAUGUCAUUGGGCCAAAGAUAGAGAUUCCAGUACAUUAUGCAGGGCAAUUCAAGCUGCUGGAACAAGACCGAGAUAUAAAGGAGCCAGUGCAAUAUUUCAACAGUGUGGAGGAGGUGGCUAAAGCAUUUCCUGAACGCGUGUACGUCAUGGAGGAAAUAACAUUCAACGUGAAGGUCGCUUCGGGUGAGUGCAAUGAGGACACUGAAGUUUACAACAUCACCCUGUGCACGGGCGACGAGCUCACGCUGAUGGGGCAGGCAGAGAUCCUUUACGCAAAGACUUUCAAGGAAAAGUCACGACUCAACACGAUCUUCAAGAAGAUUGGGAAGCUCAAUUCCAUCAGCAAGCUGGGGAAGGGCAAGAUGCCGUGCCUCAUCUGCAUGAAUCACCGGACCAAUGAGAGCAUCAGCCUCCCCUUCCAGUGCAAGGGCAGGUUCAGCACCCGCAGCCCCCUGGAACUGCAGAUGCAGGAGGGAGAGCACACCAUCCGCAACAUCGUGGAGAAAACCAGGCUGCCGGUGAACGUGACGGUGCCCAGCCCCCCGCCCCGGAACCCGUACGACCUCCACUUCAUCCGGGAGGGCCACCGCUACAAAUUCGUCAACAUCCAGACCAAGACGGUGGUGGUGUGCUGCGUGCUGCGGAACAACAAGAUCCUCCCCAUGCACUUCCCCUUGCACCUGACCGUGCCCAAGUUUAGCCUCCCUGAACACCUGGUGAAGGGGGAGAUGUGGGCUGAGAGCCUGGUCCAUCACUGGCUGGGCAUCUGCCAGGAGCAGUUCGACAUAGACGAGUACUCCAGGGCUGUGCGUGACGUGAAGACCGACUGGAACGAGGACUGCAAGAGCCCCAAGAAGGGCCGCUGCUCCGGCCACAACCACGUGCCCAGCUCCCUGAGCUACGCCCGGGACGAGCUCACCCAGUCCUUUCACCGGCUCUCUGUCUGUGUGUAUGGCAACAAUCUCCAUGGCAACAGCGAGGUAAACCUCCACGGCUGCAGGGACCUAGGUGGGGAGUGGACCCCCUUCCCUCACGACAUCUUGCCCUACCAGGACCCCGGGGACAGUGGCAGUGACUACCUGUUCCCAGAAGCCAGUGAAGAGUCAACGGGCAUCCCCGGGAAGUCGGAACUCCCUUAUGAGGAGCUGUGGCUGGAGGAAGGCAAGGUCAGCCAUCAGCCCCUCACACGCUCCCUGAGCGAGAAGAGCAGAUGCGACCAGUUCAGAGGCUCCAUCCGGGCCCAGUGUGCCACAGCUCCCCUGCCCGGCCCGGGAAGUCUUGGAGCAGCAGUGAAGUCUUCAGAGAUCGCCCUACCUCCACCUCCAGUGCCUCCCAAAUCUGAAGCCGUCAGGGAAGAAUGCCGUCUCCUGAACGCCCCACCUGUUCCGCCCCGAAGCGCCAAGCCUCUGUCCACCAGCCCCUCCAUCCCUCCGCGCACCGCCAAGCCCGCGCGGCCACAGACACGCUCGCCCAGCCCCACCCUGUCCUACUACUCUUCAGGGCUCCACGACAUCAGCGUUCCUAAAAGUGAGCCGAGCCCCUCCGAGAGCGCCCCGGUCUCCUGCUACCCGUGCCCGCGGGUGAAGGCGGAGGCCGGGGACCUCAAAUCCCCGCUGGGCAGUCCGGCCACGGAGGCGCUGUCCUCGCGGCUGUCGUGGCCCAACCACUACCUGGGCGCGUCGGAGGCGCAGACCCGCAGUGACUUCCUGCAGGAGCCCAGCCGCAGCUACAGCUACCCGCGACCCAAGGCGCCGGCCACACCAAAGAGGAACUGCCCCGCGCCCUGCGAGCUGGACGGCCGCGCGCCCCCCGGCAGCCCCCCGAGCCCCGAGCCCGCAGGAUGCAGCGGCGGCGGCGGCGGCCAGGGCUGCCCCAAGUCGGCCAGCUACUCCCUGGAGAGCACCGAGGACAAGGCGCUGGCCGCCGGCCCCGCCAAGCAGAGCAUCUCGUGCCCCGCGCUCCCGCCCAGGGCCCCGAAGCCAGCGGAAGAGAAAACGGCCUCCGAAACCUCCCCGUUGCCUCUGCAAAUCGAUGGUGCUGAGGAAGACCCGCCGUCGGGCUCGCCGGACCUCUCCGAGGACCAGUACUUCGUGCCAAAGGGCAUGCAGGACCUCUUCCCCGGGCCCUACCCCUUCUCGUCGCCGCUGCACGUGCAGCUGGCCCCGCGCUCCUGCGGCGACGGCUCGCCCUGGCAGCCCCCCGCCGACCUGGCCGGACUCUCCAUCGAAGAGGUGGCCAAGUGCUUACGGUUCAUUGGCCUGUCGGAGGACGUCAUCGCCUUCUUUGCGACCGAAAAGAUCGAUGGCAACUUGCUGGUCCAGCUCACGGAGGAGAUCCUCUCGGAGGAUUUCAAAUUGAGCAAACUGCAGGUGAAGAAGAUAAUGCAAUUCAUUCAUGGCUGGAGGCCCAAAAUAUAGCCAAGGAACCCCAGCUGGCAUUGGACAAAACUGACCAAUUUGUAUGCUAGAGGGGUGGGCUGGGACGCAGUGUCAUGUUUUUGAGGGUUUUUUUGUUUGUUUGUUUGUUUGUUUUGUUCUGGGAUUUUUGUGGGGUUUUUUUUUUUUUGCACUAAAAACCUUCUCUGUAAAUAGGGAUAAGAGAAACUCUUACUAUGCAGAUUAUGCUUUUGAAUGGGGAACAGGCUAUUUUGUACAUCAAUAAAAAUGCUGUACAGAACACUUGGAGGUGUGCCUUGUACGUCACUCAACACUCAACACUCAACAGCUGCUAAAAGACAGAAGGCAUAUUCAGAGAAGUAAUUCUUGGGAGUAUUGUAUGGGAGAAGGUAUGAUAUUUAUUACAAAGUAGCCAAAGCUGAAAGACAGACUAAGAAUCUUUAAAAAUAAAAACACUUUUGAACAAUAAUUCCCUGCUUUGGGGGGGAAUCUACUUUAGACAAUUCACUCUGUUCUGUGCUCUGUUGUUUGUAUGGAUUGCUUAAAUGCUAAUUGUUUUACUCUUGUGCCUGAAAAUGUUAGUGGUAUGAAAUGACACUUUAAUGUUACAUGCUUGGUGGGGAUCUUUCCUUCAGAAGAUAUUUUCCAAAAGUUGUGUAUUGACAGAUGAUAUAUGAUGCCCUUGGGAGUAAUACAAACGUGACCACAAUUUAUCUGUAACUGCUGCUAAUUUUAUUGAGCAGAGAAAAGAAAAUAUAUACAUAUAUGUACAUAUGCAUAUACUUAUGUGUAUGUAUACAUAAUGCGAGUCUGAUAUUUUUAGAUAACAUCUGUUUGUUUUCAAAUAUCCAUCGCGGCUCUCUUAGGACGAGUGGACCGAAGUGAUUCCAAAGAUUCUCAAUCCUGCCCCCUCGAUGCUGUCUCCUUAGGCUUCGUCCCUGAAAACUUGGAACAGAUCAGUCAAGAGUUUGUGUUUAAGAGUGAAAUUUGAUUGUAAACUCAUCCUGUACUGAUGUCUGACAAUGAGAGGUCUGAGGACCACUUCCAAGAGCAAGUUAGGUAUUUUCAACGUGCUUUAUGCUUUAGGAGAACUCAGAAGUCAAAUUAGUUGUGAUAUGUGCUACAUCUGUUGAAUAAUCUCAAAGUCUUAAUGAAUACUUGUUUAGUUGAUCAACUUUCUGCUCUUCCUUUCCAUUCUUCCAAAGAAAAUACAUCAUUACAUACUUUUAUUCCAAGAAUUUCAAAACAUUAGUCUAACACUUGUUGCCAAAUUAAAUAUUCCAGAGGAUAAUAGCAUCAUCAUUCUAGACUUUUUUGAACAAUUAGAAAUCUUGGGAAAGUUUUAGUUCACCAAACAAAGCCUCACCCCUGCACACUCCCUCCCCCGACAGCCUACACACAUACCAUCUGUCCCCAGAGUCUAGAAGUAUACACAGACAGGUGUGACCGUGACUUGGGGAUUCAUUUAUAUUUACUGUACUUCCUGCUUACCAAAAUAAAUAAAUUUAAAGACCCACCAGUCUAGUUUUGUAAACCUGUGCAAUAAUAUGUCUUCCUUUGCUUUAGGAAGAUAUUUUGAUUCCUCUCUUGGUUUAGAGUUGAGAUCAACUAUAUCUCCUUUCAUUUUCUGUCUUACAUUUCUUCCAUUUGAAACGGCAUUUCUCUCAGACCCACGCCCACCCACACACACCUGUCAAAUGUAAAUAGUAACAGUCAAAAGAACCCCAUAGAACUGCCCUGUGAGUUUUGUCAAAAGUUAUUACUACAGGGCCAGAGAGAUAGUACAGCUGGUAAGGUGUUUGCCUUGCAUGCAGCUGACCUGGGUUUGAUCCCUGGCAUCCCAUAUGUUCCCCCUUGCCCACCAGGAACGAUCCCUGAGCACAGAGCCAGGGGUAAAUCCUGGGCACAGCCAGGUGUGGCACAAGAACUAAAAAGACAAAAGAAAGUCACCAACAUUUGCGGGUACUGCCCACCUGCCAUGAGGCCCCCUCAGUUACUCCCGACAUGAAAGGCCUCUUUCCACAGCCAGACCCACCUCUAAGAACUUCCCUUCAAAGGAAAAUCCAAGAGGCUGAGAUGAAAACAUUGCACAUUUUCUUGGGCAGACCCUUCCUGAAUUGAUUCAAAAACCGUUAACCCCACAGAAACAGCAAAUGCCUUUUUAUCUUUCCUCUUUGAUUCUUUUGUGAAAUCUUGACACCACUGUUUCUGAGUUUUUUUUAUCUUGGGAUAUUUUUGUCAAGUUAAUAGUGAUGGGCAGCGUGGAGACCCCUUAAGGGCAGGCGCUGUGGCCUCUGACUCACUGACUCCAGACUCACUGGGCAUCUUUCAUAUGUCAGGCCCUAGGCCGGCGGCACUCAGUAAUACUAAAACAGAGACUCAGCGACUGCCCAUCUGGAGCUCGUGAUGUUUAUAUUUAAGCACAGCGGCUGAGAGAGACUGGGUGUGUGUGAAGGGGACCUGUGCGGGCCUCGGGCAGUUGGCUGCUGGGAGACUUGAGCGUGUCUUAUCUUUAAAGGACCCCCAAAUGAGAGAAAUGGCAGCCGCUAUUAAAGGGGUAAAAAAUGGAUGCCACAAGAUCAUUAAAACUUGAAGUAAGUUGAAGGCAGAAAGUAACCCUGGCAAGUGUUCUCUUCCAGAUUGGGAAUUUUUGUUGUGGCGGUUGUCGUUGUCGUAAAUCUCUUUGGCAUCUGUAAAGCCCCGGAGGUCCUUCCACUGGAGGCAGGCACAGGCAGAGAGUCAGGCCCAGCCUGCAGGAACCGGGUGGGAAGGAAAGGCCCUUCCCCACGAAGAUGGGGCGAUGAAAAGUUCCCUAUAGAGAUGCCCGCCAACAACCUUUUCCAGCCAACUUACUCAAGACUGAAUUCAUCUUCUGGAAAGUUCCCUGUAGUUGGUACAGAGAACUGUAGUGCUUUAGGUCCAGGAAGCACCCUUUGGAGAGGGAAAUUAAAUUCACAGUGCAAAUACCCCGUCAGGAAAGAAAAUCAGCAAUAAACCAAACCAGGCAGCCAAAAGGUAAAAUGUGGAUGUGCCUUGUGUUGAGAGAACGAAACCCUCAGAUCAGUUCCAUGUCCGAAUCUCAUAGACCCAGCAAGUUCUGCUUAUGAACUGUGAAAUAAACAGUUCUCCUCUUUGAACCCCCAGACACCGUUCAGGUUCAGGACAUGGCAGCAAGUUGCCCUUUCAACUAAACAGCAGUGUUUAUUCUUGUUGAUGUAGACGAAGACAAUCAUGUGGGAAAUAUUAUGACAUCCUUCCAGCUGUUUUCAGAUGCUAUUAUAAACACACUCCGCUCACAUUCCAGAACCACCUGUACAUCAUCCGUACAGCUUCUCCACAAGUCCAGGGAGAAGGUGCGGGUGGAUAGAGGGUCCUUCAUUUUCCAAACACUUUGUACAACAAAACACUUUGGUACAACAUCAUUAUUCAUCAUGCUGAAACAGUAAAGGACUAACAUUCUGAAUAACCAACGGGAAAGCCAAACAGUUCUCCAAAGAACCUCACAAGCUCUUCAAAGACAUUUUCUCAACUGCAGUCUGCGAGAUGAGUCCAGUCUGCUGGUGGACACGCAGGACUUGUAGAAAUUAGGAUCGUUAUUCAAUUCCCAUUAUUUUUCUA